UACCUCAUUAACAGCCUUAUUCUGAUAGAGUGAGUGCUUUGAACUUUAGGAUAGGUAGAAUUAAAAGAGUGGCUCACAUUACUCGUCCCCAAGAGAGAGAAAGAGAAAAAGAAUGACUAUGGCUUUCUUCUCAGUUCCAACACCUCAACAUUAUCAUCAUAAGGUUCAACUGUAUAAGCCAAAAAAUUCAUGGCCAGCUACUACUACUUACCCUUCUUUUUGUAAGAUACUUGUUCCUCCUUCUUCUACUCCAACUUCCCUCAUUUCUUCUUCACCAGAUGAAGAAGAACUUGAUGCUCCUAUUCAAUCAGAAUUAUCCUCCAAACAGAGUGGUUGUAAAGCAUGUGGAAGUCAAGAAAUAGAGAAAGGAUGCAAUGGUGAAGGAAGAAUGCAAGGUGGUAUUGCAACGGUGCCCGGCUUUGGAUGGUGGCCUAUAAAGGCUUACAGGCCAUGUCCUGGAUUUGUGGCUUCCGGUGGUAGGUACAGACGACAAGGACAAAGCAUGGACGAGGUUGUUUCCGGUAGUGGUAAAACCAAAGCACCCUCUCCAUCAACUGCAACUGAUUCCAAGCCAAGUAGCAUAAAGGAAGGUUCGAAGAAAUCGAAGAAGAGGUAAGUGUUUUCAAGGAGUAUACCAGCCAUUGCUUCAUUGAGGUGACAUAGAACAAAGGAAAUUCAUGAAGAUGGGCAAAAAAAUGUCGGUGAUUUCUCGUCUAUAUGCUUUAAGGAUUCUAGACAUGUAUAUGUGUUAACGAUGCAUUGGGAAAAUAGGGCAAUGCAAUGGUAUCAUCUAAAUGAAAUAUUUAAAUCUCCACAGCUUUUUCUUUCUUUUUCAUUGAUCAUCAGUUCCUUGCCAUUAAUAUUACUUUUCUGAUACAAGAAUUGUGUUAAAAUACAUAUCUUUGUUACUAUGCUUACAGGAAUAAUAUUAUAUUUAUACA